CGUGUACAAAGAGUAGCCGUACAAUUGAAUCUACUUUUUGAUCCGAGUUCGUGUGCAUUACUUAUUUAUUGUUAAUUGAUGCGGCAGCCUACGUGGCGAGUUUUUGUAGGAAGUGUACACGUUACUGUUUUCAUCGUAAAUGUACGAAGAAACUAGGCAAUUAUAAGAUGACUUAUGUUACAACGAAGUCACGAAGACGUGCUAGUACACACCGAUUUUAUCAAAAUUGCGAAACUGGCAAGGGGUUAACGAUACUGAUUGAAUAAUAAAAUUUGUGAAACACGCAUUAUAGCUUUAAAAAAAAUGUCACAUCAAAUGCGCAUUGAUCAAUAUUACAAAUCAAUAAUUAGCACGCAAAGAUCAAAUAAAACGAUUGGCAUUAACAAAAAUUCUAGAUUAAAAGAUAUAUCGUAUUCAAGAUCUAAAAAGAAAACUGAGAAACAAAAUAAAACACAUAUUAUUAGUUCUGAUGAUAAUGAAAUUAAUUUGAGAACACCAAAACAAGACUUAGAAUGUAGUUUGGAGAUGAGUGAAAUAGCAAUAGAUCGUAAUAAUAGUAUGGAAGUAAAGAAGGAAGAAAUAAUACCAAGCUACGAUGAUAAUGAAAGAUUAAGAUCUCCUAACAAAACUAAUAUUCAAGUUACAAACAACCGUGAUUCUAUUUCUCCAGUAAAACGGUUAAAAUAUUCUCCAAAAGUACCAUCUAAUAAAAAAUUGAAAAACUUGCCACAAAACCUUUCGGGCCACACUCAACAUAAUGACAUUAUAACUAAAGCAAUUGAGCAUAUGAAUUUAGCAAAGCAUGGUGCUAUUCCACCAAAUAAUUUUAAUCUGGAAAAAAUAUAUUCUAAUAGCAGAUUUAAUUACCAGUAUAGUUGCAUAAACACAAAGACAUCAGUAAAGUAUGAAGAAAGUGAAAUAAAUUUUUCUAAUAACUUAAACUCAAAAAUCUUGUCCGCUGUUAUUUUUACAGUUCUUUCUAAUCCUGUAAAUUGCGGUUACUUCGAUGAAAAUGAAAUGGACUUUAUAUAUUCCAUUGUUACUCUUCCUGUAAAUGCUCAAUUGUUACUGACAUGUAUGAUAAAAAGGAAGAAAACAUGGCAUAGAAAAAGUAAUAUAAAGUAUCCGGAAAUAGCUUCGAACUUACAACCUGUGUUUAAACUUCUUGCUUCACGAUCUAUUUGUACAUUUGAUGUUAAAAAUGAAAACUUGUCUACUCUACUCCAUUUAUUGCAAGUUGGUGAAAUACGUCAACUUUGCCAAGUUAUGAAAAUAGAUUCGAAUGGAAAAAAAGAAAAUAUCAUAACCAAAUUAUUAAAAUUAUCAAAGAACAAAUCUUUGUUUCCUGGUAUGAAAAGUCCAAAUGAUAUUUUGUAUACUUCUAUUUUUGAUAUAUUGGAUUAUUGUGUAUGUAUAACUGACAGGACAUGGAAUAUUAUUGAUAAAAUAAUUACUUUACUUGUACCAAAUCAAGAUCCAAAAAUGAGCAUAGCAGAUACAUUUUUCAAUUUAUAUGAUGUUUAUUUAGGAAAAGCAAUGUUUCCCAACAUUCCUGAAAUUCGUUUUCCAAUAUUUUCUUGCACGUCACAUUUACUAAAUUACAUUCAUGCUAAAUCUAUGUUGUUUACUACAUUGGAAUCUAUUGAGAAGAAAAAUUGGGAGAAAGUACGAUAUUAUGGAAAUUUAGCUAUGGAUAAAUUGUCAAAUGUAUUGAAAAUUGAAUCGUUAAGAUUAAGAAAUUCUACAAUUCCCAUGCAUGUUAGAUGUUUCAUGCCUGAAUACGUGUGGUUGAAAAUACUUUCAAAAUCCAUAGAAGCAUUUAAAAAAAUUGAAGACAAAAAACAUGUCUUGGAAAUUUUAAACUUUUUAUUAGAGCAAGAUUGUCACUUGUCUAAGUAUAAAGGAAGUUGGUACAAUGAAUUAGCACUUAUUAAAAUGUAUCACCACAAAGAUGUAGAUGCUAGCGCAUCAGUAAUAAUUGAAGCCUUAGGAACAGAAAAUUUGUCACAAGUAGAUCGAGUAGAACUUCUUGAAAGAGCAAAUAAAAUUUUUAAAAAAAAGAAAGGUGUAAAGCCACAUACAAAAAUCAAUAUUGAUAAAGUUUUAAAUGAUCAUAUUCACCAAAUGCCAAAAUACGAAGUUUCAUCUAUUACUAUAAAUGCUUUAUCAAUGCCUAACAGAGGGAUUGGAAAUAAGAGUGUUUGGUGCAUAGAAAGUAAUAGUGAAAGUCAAAGUUAUGGAUCGGUAGAAAUGCUUGCAUCGUAUCACUAUUCUGAACAAGGAUUUCCUAAUGCAGUACAUUGUGAAGGCGAAUUGCCAAUUCUUUUAUUCGUUACUUUAUUCUGGGAAGAAAUUUAUGAAAUAGAUAUUCCAGGGGCGUUUGUAACACUGUAUCAAUAUGCUCCAGGUGAUUUAUUCACUGAACAUUUCUAUGAUAAUAGAAAAGAGAAAGUAAAUAUAAAAUUUGAAAUUAUUAAGAAUUUUGAUUCGGAAACUUUAAGCUCCUUCAUGAAAAAAAGAUUUGAAAUAUAUAAACAAUAUCAAUCUAUAAUGAAUUCAAACUUACUAAAGAACAGUUUACAGUUAAAAGAAAUAGUAUACUGUUUAGGAGUUGAAGGUAUUGUAGGAAUUUGUAAACGACUUAUUCAGAACUUUAAACUUUGGAAGGCUGGAUUUCCUGAUUUAAUUGCAUGGAAUUAUGAGACCAAGCGGUAUAAGAUUAUAGAAGUAAAAGGACCACGAGAUGUUCUCUCAACGAAACAACAAUUAUGGUUGCAAUAUUUAAACCAUCUUGGACUUAACACUGAAGUAUGUCUAGUACAAGAUAAACUCGGUGCAAAAAACAGAUAGAAAAUAUAAAAGCCCUGGAUAGCUACGAAUUUAAAUAUUUUACAUACCAACAUACUAUAAUUUUUAUACAGAUUAGCUUGCUAUUUAUUCUAUCUAAAAACCAUUUAAUACAAUUUUGAAUUU